UCUCCAGCCCCAGCCACCUGAUUCUUGAGACAGGAUCACUCACUGAACCUAGAGUAGACUGGUUCACCAGCAAGCUCCAGGGACCCUUCUGUCUUCCGGCUCCUGCCCCGGGGUUCACACUCCUCCUCCUCCUCUCCGCGCUGGAAUUAUAGACACCGUGCCCCACAAUAGUGCUGGGACCCAGACUCCCGUCUUUAUGUUUGUACGGAAGGCACUUUACAGAUGAAGUUAAUAAAACGUGUAACUUCUGUCGGGUCUUCCAUGAGGUGAGUCUUAAAACAUUGAAAGACUUGCUGAUGCUGUGUGGAUCAGGGAUAGUUUGAAGUUUAAUCAGCUCUUGCUGUAUGGUUUCCAUAGGCACCUGGGUAGAAUCUUUAGAAUUCUAGCUUAGCUUAUGCCUCUUUGUUUUUGAGACACUGUAUCUCUGCCUAGUCUAGAACUCAGCGAUUCAGCUGCCUCUGCCUCCACCUCCCAAGUCUUGGGAUUAAAGGUGUGUACCACUGGGCGAGUCGCAGCAGUUCGUGCGGUGGCGGCCGAGGCGGUGUAGCUCCGUGACGGGUUCGGCCUUGCACGCGCCUCCCACCCAGCGCUGCCGCGAUGCCCAAGAGGAAGGUUAGUGAUGCCCAAGAGGAAGGUUAGCGAUGCCCAAGAGGAAGGUUAGCGAUGCCCAAGAGGAAGGUUAGCGAUGCCCAAGAGGAAGGUUAGCGCCGACGGAGCGGCGAAGGCGGAGCCCAAGCGGCGCUCGGUGAGGCUGUCGGCCACGCCCGCCCCUACCAAGGUGGACGCGAAGCCGAAGAAGGCCGUGGGAAUGGAUAAACCAUCAGACAAAAAAGUGCAAACAAAAGGGAAGAGGGGAGCAAAGGGCAAACAGGCGGAGGUGGCUGACCAGCAAACCACAGAUGUGCCUGCAGAAAAUGGAGAGGCUGAGAACCAGAGUCCAGCCUCUGAAGUCGAAGAGAAAGAAGCCAAGUCCGACUAACCAUCCACCCUGUCAGUGUCCCCGCCUCACUUCUUGUACAAUCCAGAGGAAUAUUUUAACAACUAUUUUGUAAAUGCGAGUUUUUUAGUAGCUCUAGAAACAUUUUUAAAAGGUGGGAUGAAGUCCCGCCUCAUCCCAUUUUUUAAGUGUAAAUGAUUUUUUUUAAGAGGUUAAAUCACUUGCUGGUUGUUUAUUUUUUGGUACAACCAGAAAAUAGCAGGAUACUGAAUCAGGAGAGGCUGUGACUGUCUCGAGGGUCACCAUAACAUUCCGUAGAGGGGGCUAGUUUUAUAUCCUACAACACAAAGCAUACUUGGAGUCUUGGUCGUGCGUUUGUGUCUGGAAUAUUUUCAGUUAUUUCUGGUCUCGUGUUUCUAGUAGAACUGUAUCCUAAAAAACCACUCCUUGGUCCUUUCCCUGUCAGAACUGUCUCUGGUCAUGGCAGUCCAUUUUUCUAACAAUUGUGAUAAUGUGCUGUGAAAGAUUGAAAUUUUGAAUAUGUACUGUAUGUGGCAUAAAAUUGUGAGUCAG